GACUUUUGCAUUAAUUUUACUGUUUUGAAGUAGGAAAAACAGAAGAGCGAUUGAUAUUUUCUUUGAGGCAAAAAAGAGUAUUCCCGAACCAGAACCAUUUCGAUGACCUCUCAAAUCUCAUGACUCUGAAAUUCAGGAAUGACCUUUUUCACCCUGAUCACACCACAUCAUAGGCAUAGGUAGAUUAACCCAGGUUUCCUCUUUGGUACUGUAUUGCCUGUUACAUAAUUACAUUGGACUGUUUUAGUUGGUUGCCGUUUUACUGACUGGAUAGCGUGGCCUAAAGUUCUGUAAAAUACCCCAAGCUGCCUCUUAAUUCCUUGACAAGUAGACACAUUUCUUAUUUUCCGUCUUCAUAAUUUGUUGUAAAGCUAGUUUUCUCUCUACUUAAAGUGUCAUUAUUACCGUUCCAAUAACAAAUUUAACUUAAAAAUCAUUUUGGCCAUCUGUUGGAGAUUAUUUUGUCAUUCAUAAAACUAACAUCACACAACCAUAUAGAUGUUUGAAAGGACAUGUAAUUCUAAAUAACAUAAAACUCAUCUUCAUCUUUCUAUUUUAUAUAUCUGCAAUAUAUUAAUGCCUUAUGUUUUCUUUACAACCAAUGAAUAUUUAUUUUCUAAUGGAACUUGCCUUUUCCUAUUGUGAAAUUUAUUUUCCCCCUUGUAUCCACAAAUGACUGUGACUUCCUUGAUUUAUCUUUGAGAAAAUAUACACAGCUGUGAUCACAGUAUAAUCAAAGUUUUUUUCUGAAAAAUAAGAUAAAUGUAUUCUGGAAUGGACAUUUAAUAAAAAUGAGAAUCUUUUUCUACAUCAAUUGCCCAAAAUUUCAGUGUUUUCAUUUUUGGAAAAGUAGGAGCUGGCUCGGUUUACCAAGAAGGAACAUUUUUGAUGAGAUCCCAGUAUUGAAAGCAUGUUCUGAAUUUAAAUGGCACAUGCACUAUCAGGCGUAAACACAUAAAUCAAUUCAUGAAGCUGAAGAAAAGACAAUAAAAAACCUAACCUUUCAAAUAGAAAUCAUCAUAGCUGAAAACAGUUUCUUGAUAAGCAAUGCACUUUAAAUAAAUUUUCUCUAAUUAAAAUAUGUUUUCUCUAAUAGCCGUUAGGAAGUUGCAGCCAAGGUGACCCUGCGAGCCUGCUCCAUGUAAUUACAUCUCUUAAUCUGCCUUAAUCAGUGUAACUACAUCCGAAUAGUCAGCCCCUAAGUGAAACAGUAUCACAGGAUAAUCCAAUUAACCUUGUGUCAUACACACCAAGGUGUUUUUAUGGUAUUAACAAAUCACAGGUCACCUUUGCUUUUCAUUAUCUAUGGUAAACUUUGACGCGAACAUGGGAUGAUUGUGAAAGGAGGGGGCCUUAUCUCCAUCAAGAGAAUUUGGACUUCUUAAUGAGGAGAUCUUUUGAAAAUUUUUAUGUGACUUUAUGUUGAAUCAAGUGAAUUGUGGACUUUAGUAACCUUAAAUGGUAUAAUAUGCUAUUUAAAAGAUAAUUAGAAUUUUUUUGCUUUAGGCGAGUUAUUUUGAAAUUUUUGGCCUUUCAUUAAUCCUUGUUGUUUAAUGUGUGCGAUCACAAGCGCAUGCAUCGACACAUGCAUGUAGAAAAAAAUACAAGCGAUUCAUCACACGCAUGAGUCAGGCAUUUGACCAUUGUUUUUACCUUCCUAGGACUGUAGUUAUUCAAUGAAAUGUUGGAAAUUUUGCCUACAAAAGCUCAGGAACAUUGCCUUAUUCUUAUAAUAGCUUUUCCAAAGGAGAUGCAAUGUUAUACGCAGACUGAAAAUAUAACAUAACAUAAAAGCAUACACACGUGCAGCAAAUGUAACAUAAAAGGAUUUCCAAUCUCAAAAUCAAUACCUUGUGGCUUGGAUUCAAUAAAGGCACCAUUAAAGGCAGUUUUUAAUAAUGCUGUCUUUUUAAUCGCAAAUUUCACCAUUUAAAAUGUUGUAUCUGCAGAAAAUGUUUGUCUGUGAAAUGUUUCUGCAAGCAUUAAAUCCCAGAGGGUGUACUUGUAUACUUUUAGGAUAGUUUCAGGAUAGAAUACUUUUUGGGUCUAGAAUCAGAGUAAGUUGUUUUUGGGCCAGUCAUUUGUACAUUCACAUUCUGGGGCCCUUGAAAUUCUGAACUACUUUUUGGGUUUCAAAUAUGAUAAAGGUUUAAAAAAAACUGGGAAAAAUUGCAAACUUUCUCAGGAAUGCGAAAAAAAUACUUUUUUGGUCAAUUUUUAAGCUAGAAAUUGAUUUUUUUGGGUUGAUGGUUUGAACUACAAGCUGGGAAACCCUAUCCUGAAUGAAUUUGAGUACCCCUCCUCUCUCUGGGAAUUAGUUUCACCAAGCACAUUUUUGUCAUUUAGUACAGACUUCUCUGAAAUGCUUUAAAAAUUAAUCUGCAGUUUUUGUGCUUUAAUAAAUUUCAUUUGCUAAAAGUGUGAGAUGGAUCAAAUACUAAAGUCGGAGUCGAGAUAUAGGGGCCCUUGGCCAUGGUUUUUCCAGGAUGCCAAUCUUUUCGCAUCAGGCGACAUGUUUAUGACAGUUUCCAAGUUCUUGUGGACUGAUGAAUAGUAGGUUAGUGGAAAAAUAUCUCAAGUUAGAUAUUUUCUCAUGUUUUUUUUCUUGCUGGUUUUACCGCACAAAGUUGUUGAUAAAUUUUUGUGCACGAAAAUUUCAUAUUUCUGUACGAUCGUACACUCGUAUGCUUAGCUUUCGAGCCCUGGGUGUUGUGCUAGGAAUUACUGUUUUGAAAGGGUUACUUAAAUUUUUUCCAUGAAUGGGCUAAUCGUUUUGCUCUGUUAAAAUUCCACUGGUAAAAAGGCAUUGCCCUUUUGGCCCAGACUGACUGUGUUAUUUCACAACAUUUUUACAUUUUUUUUCAUUUUCAUUCUUUUUACUUAUGUUUAAUUAUAAUAAAAACAAGUAAAGUAAAUAAAAUCGAACUACUAACGAUAACGCAGAUCACCCUUAACUUGAAUAAACUGCUCGAAAAUUAUUAUUUCAAAGAUUGGAUGGCAAUGAUAUUUUAGAUGAUUAGGUACCUUCCGUAAAGUUUCCAAAACUAAUGUUUCCAAAAAUGAACCCAAAUAAGUAGGCUCUGAAAAAAGUUGGAAAGUGGGGAAACAAGGGCAAACUAAAAACUAAUAACAAAAAAUUUUGUAAAAGAUAUUGUUUGUUUUGCAACAAAAGUGGGGGGGGGGGGAAGCAUGGCUCCCAGGCCUUUUGUUGUUGUAGGCCCUGGGUAAGAGUGUGCAUCGCACGUAUGAAAUAUGUUAUGUUUGUGAUUUACGACACACAUAAAAAUACUUUUAGAACACCUCAUAAACAUUUUCUGUGACUUAAGCUUUAUUUUCAUUUAGGAAAUGUAAAUAGUUUUAAGGGAAUUUUCAAAGGAUGGAAUUCUACCAUGAAUACUUACUAUGAAACAAUGUCACUAUAUAUCAUUUAAAGGUGCAUCUUGCGAAAGGACAGAAUAUUUUGUAUUUUGUCAUGGUAACAAAUACUGAAGGACCAAGAUUCAUUGUUUGUACUGACUCUAAUGGUAAGUUAAUGUACAUUAGAUCAGCAAGCUCCUCAGUGGUCGGAAUUUAUCAAUGGCAGAUUGGCAAAUUCUACCUUUAAGCUUGCUGUGGUGCAUAUUUGUUAAUGCAAUAACUAAAUCUUUUGUAUGCUGUUAACUGCUGCGUCAAUUUUGCACAACAUCUUCAAUGUUUCACUGACAUUAGACAAAUCCCAAGGCUGGAAAAAUUGUUGUUGAACUUGGACAACACUUAAAUUGGCCAAGAAAACAAAUCAACAAUAUCAAAAACAAUAGCCAAGGGGACCAAGGUGUCAAUUUUUCAUAUGACAGAUGGCAACUUGACACAAGUGAAGUAACAAGUGACGCAAGUAUGUAAUAUUCGACGGAAUUUGUUGGAAAGGGUAAAAAAAAGGAGUAUGCUAUAAGAGUAUGCUAUAGGAGUAUGUCAUAUUCGAGAGGCUUUUUUAAGGCAAGAAGAGGAAUAGGGUUGAUAAAAUUUCUGUCUAAGUAUGUUUCACGUACUGUGCUUGAAAAUCUAUAAACUCUAUAGCAGACCCCAUCUUGAUUACGGUGAUAUUAUCUAUCACAAACAUGAUCCACACAUGACCCUUGACGUCACAAAAAGACUUGAACAAACACAGUACUCUGCAGCUCUUGCUGUAACUGGUGCAUGGAGAGGUACAAGUAGGCAAAGGCUCUAUGAUGAACUAGGAUGGGAGGAUUUGUAUCAUAGAAGGUGGCGGCUGUGCCAUCUCUUUAACUUGCUUAAAAAUCGCCAACCGGCGUAUCUGUUUGAUGAAAUUCCUGCUGCACCUUAAGUUCCGUAUUCUCUUAGAAACGUAAAUGAAUAUGAUGCAGCUGUCUGCAGAACUGCUCGCUUUUCAAACACAUAUUUCCAGAAUGUGCUCCUUGAAUGGAAUGCGUUAGCAAAAGAUGUUCGCGAGUCAAAUACGAUAGGUGAAUUUAAACGCAAGCUGCUUGCGAAGAUAAGACCAGACAAGAAACCAUUAUUUGAAAUUUGCAACACACGUGGUGUGAGAUGUAUAACUAUGCUCCGGGUUAGAUUCAGUCCCCUAAGCGAGCACAAGUUUCGGCACAACUUUGAAUCUUUGAGUCCCGCCUGCACGUGCAAUACAGGCAUUGAAGGCAAUGAGCAUUUUCUCCUGCAUUGGCCCGUGUAUGACCAGAUGCGUAACGAUCUCUUUGAUCAGCUUUCGAAAAUCCCAGGACUUGAGCUUGAUAAUCUUAACUCUGAGGCCCUAUGUGAACUACUCCUUUUUGGUAAUCCACGGUUCAACAAUAUUGUGAACAAAUUGAUUUUGGAGGCAACAGUGUCAUUCAUUUUGUCAACUAGAUAGCUAGAGGAAACUGAAUAAAACUACCAGCAGCUCCCUACCCGUCUUAUUUACUGUAUUUUGUUUAUCUAAUCAUUAAUUUGAGUAAGUUUGUCACACAUUAGAUAUUCCUGGAACUUUCCUUCAACAUUUUUCGGCAUGUCUAGGCUGUACAAAAAUAUGAGUUUAAGCAUCAGAAUUGCAACACGAAAAUGGCUGAUUUCUUUGUUGGAAAGAAUGAGGUGCUUAAAUGGGUAUUCCCUUGGUGUAUAUUUGAUUUCAUGAGUUUUGUGUGUGUUGGAGUGAUUUUGUUGUUGUUUGAUGUCAACCAACCUUUCCUUAACAGAAAUCUUUAUAUUUUAUAUUUUGUUUUGUUUUUCGUUUCUUUUCCUACUUACAUCUUUUCCUACAACAAUAUGCUUUUAAUACAAUGAUUACACACAUUAAAAGAUCCUCUCUAAAAUAUAACUCGCAAAUGUAAAAUCUAAAAAAUUUUGACUGACAAGUGAAUAACUUUCUACUUCCUUUUGAGUCACGUCUAGUUGCUACAUUGCAUAUCAAAUCAAAGCUCUGCUCAUUGACGCAAUUAUAAAUGUUCUGUGGCAUUUGGAAUUUAGUUGUAGUAUCAGAAAGCUUUUGAUAAAACUUUGUCAUAUUUUGUGUACCAUAAACUCUUUUUUCUCUUAGUAGGUUGAAUAGAAUUUUAGUCAUACUAAUCACCAAUAUUCUAGUAUUUUGACAUUUAUGUUUUUGUGUAUUUGAUGCUCACAACGUAGCUGUAUGUUGGGUAUAUUUGGUGGCAUAAUGCAUGUAACGGUUUUUUAGAAACUUAAAACAUAAGAAAAUAGCAGUUGUUAGCUUGGAAAUGAGUUUUCUAUCUGACGAUAGCUUGCUAGUAUGAGGAACAUGGAAACAUCUUUUCGAAGAAGGCUCCUUCAUUGUGGCCACCCUUUGGAUAUCUAAGAACCAAUUAGGCUACUGAUCGAAAUAGAGGAGAACAAAGGAAUUAAUAUUUAAAGCAGGCAGGAAGAAAACAUUUGCUUCAAUAGUGUAUUACCAAUUGCUUCUGUUUUCAUCGCUAAUUGUGGUUGUUCGCUUUUUGAUUUUCAUUGGCAACGAACUGUAUCUGAAACUGCAUGUUUUUAGGGGAUAUUUGAACCGUUUCCAGAAUUUCACUUUGUUUGCAGAAGGUUUCAAUAUUUGAGGCGCUGAAAAUGAAGUGUGUUUAUUAAUACCCGUUAAGAUUGACAUUGCCCUUGGAUACUGUGCUGUUGAAUUUCUGCAUUCACUGUUUUAUUCAGACACCUGUCAUUUUCGAUAAUCGAUAUUGCAUUUGAGAAAGCCGGAAUAUUUAAAUAUAAAUCUCAUUGCUCACUGUCAGGAGAUCUCCACUAUUUUGGCUGACCUGAAGCUGGCGAGCAGCAUUGCUCCUACCCUUUGUUAAUCUUACAGCACAGGAGAGCGAUGCCCUGUCCUCAGGAGGCAACGUAGCCCCCUAAAGUGCUAUGUCCACCGCCCGAUGACCUGAUCCAGGCCAGCAUCUCUUGCAGGAAUUACGAAAUUUUGAUGCUUCGAUAUUUAUGAGAUUUUCCAGAAAAGCAAGGAUAUUGCGCAACUGGCAUGCUUAAAUGUACACCAUUGAAUCUGAAUAAGGCCUGGCUCAUAUAUUGCAAUGUUUUGCACCACAAUACCACAAAUUUGGAGAAAUCGUUUAGGAGCAGGUACGUCUAAAAAGUCGGGAACGGAGGAAAGCAGAGAGAAAGGGAAAGCCUAUCUGCUGGAUAAAUACACCGGAGAAUUGCUAGACAAAAUUUCUAAAGCUGAAUUAAGAGAGACAGUCCCAGUACCUGCCGGGGUCGACAUCAACGAAUGGCUUGCUACGAACACUCUGUCAUUUUACAAUCACAUCAAUCAAAUUUAUUCAACAAUAACAGAUUACUGCACUGCUGUAACAUGCAAUAAUCUUAGCUCUGGGAAUACAUCAUUUACUUGGGUUGACGAAAAAGGGAAGAAAAUUCGAAUGUCGGCUCAUCAAUAUCUGGAACUUGUAAUAAUAAGCGUUGAGAAAUUAGUCACCGACGAAGGAACGUUUCCAACGAAAUACGAUCAAGAAUUUCCAAUCCACUUUCAAACGACGAUCAAAAGAAUAUUCAGACUAAUGUUUCACGUCCUGGGUCACAUAUACACAAGUCAUUUCAACAACAUUCUAGAACUUGGCGAGCUUUUAGUUUUGAAUACCGUAUUCGUUCAUUUUAUGUACUUUCAAAUGGAACAUAAUCUCAUCGAUGCGAAGGAGCUGCAAUCACUCGAAGAUCUGGUCCAAGCAUUUAAUUUAUGACCCAACCGAAUUCAUGUUGACUAAGUUGCAAGUCAAGUGCUAAUAGGAAAGUUGGUUUAAAGCAAAGCUCGUUCCUCGAUCUGUUGCUGUUGACUGUGUUCUUAGUUUGGACGUCAGAUUCAUAAACGCAAAGCAUGGUGAAUGUAACUGUUAAAUUAUUUGAAAGAAGAUAUUGCUGAUUUGAAAUUGUACCAGUGAGUUUAUGUUAUUAGAAAUAGCAAUUUUUGAUGACCAAAUGCGCCCGUUUUGAUA